AUGGCAUCCUUUUUCUAUUUCCAGCCUCUUCUUCACUUGUCAGUUACCUUCAUCUUCCUUGUCUGUUCUCUUUCUUUAUCUGUCAUUGCCCCUUCUUAUUUCUGUACUUUCUUUUUUUCAUUCUCUCCUUUCUUUUUUGUGUCUUUCCUUCACUGUUCUUCAUUUCUUUUUCUCAGUCAACCCUCAUACACGCUGAUCCUUUUGUGUUUUCUUUGUAUAGAAUCUUUUUCACCAGAUUUUUUCUUCUUUAUCAAUACUUUCUCUUCUUUUGUGCUUUUCUUUCUUUCUUUCCUAUCUUUUUCUUUGACAUUCUCUUCUCAUUCAUUUCUUUCACUAUUCUCUUUUGCAUUUUUCCAUUCGCUUCUUUUAACACUUUAUUGCCAAUCCGUAUUUCCCCUUCUUUCUUUUUCUGAUUCAAUAUUUCUUUCUUUCUUCUCUCUCAUUCAUCUUCUUCACCGCUACAUUCUUCACUUCAUUUCUCUCACAAACAAAAUUUCUUUCCUUCUUUCCUAA